CCGUGCAGGCCUGCGUUUACGUUUUUUUCUCUCCGCACCAGCAAAAAAAAAACAACAAAUCUCGCAAUUUCAGCGCUUCUCCGUUCAAUUUGCCGCAUAAUUGUGUAUGAUAAUGGGCACGCCGGCGAAGAAUACCAAUGGCACGGGGCUGGAGGACGUGAAUAUUCCGGGGCAGGCGUACCUGCGCGAGGCGCUGACCUCCUGCACGGAUCCCCUGAAGGCCAUCGAGAGUUUCCAGCUGGAGAACGGCGUGCUGCUGCCCUCGCUGCGUCCCAUGUUGCCCCUGCUGGAUCUGCAUGGCGUGCGCCGGCUGGACUUCCACACCUCGCUGAUGGAGGAGCUGCGCGACAAGCUGAUCGCCCACAUCAACGAGAUGGGCCAGAAGGAGCCGCGCGAGCGGGACAAGAAGCUCAAGGAGCUGCUGGUGAAGAGCUUUCCCGUCGUCCGCGUGAAGUCGCUGCGUCCGGUGGUCAUGGCCAUUCUGCGGAACACCCAGCACAUCGACGACAAGUACCUCAAGAUUCUCGUCCGCGACAGGGAGCUCUAUGCGGACACGGAUACGGAGGUCAAGCGGCAGAUCUGGCGGGACAAUCAGUCGCUGUUCGGGGACGAGGUUUCCCCCCUGCUGUCGCAGUACAUCCGCGAGAAGGAGCACAUUCUGUUCGAUCACACCAAUCUCAAUAAUCUGUUCUUCCAGCCGACGCCGAAGGUGCGACGCCAAGGCGAAGUGGUCCAGAAGCUGGCCAAUAUGAUCGGGACGAGCGUGAAGCUGUACGACAUGGUGCUGCAGUUCCUGCGCACCCUCUUCCUGCGGACGAGGAACGUUCACUACUGCACGCUGCGCGCCGAGCUGCUGAUGGCCCUGCACGAUCUGGAGGUGCAGGAGAUCAUCUCGAUUGACCCGUGCCACAAGUUCACCUGGUGUUUGGAUGCCUGCAUCAGGGAGAAGAAUGUGGACAUCAAGCGGUCGCGGGAACUGCAGGGCUUCCUGGAUAAUAUCAAGCGCGGCCAGGAGCAGGUUUUGGGCGAUCUCUCGAUGACGCUGUGCGAUCCGUAUGCCAUCAACUUCCUGGCCACGUCGGCCAUCAAGAUACUGCAUCACCUGAUCAACAACGAGGGCAUGCCGCGCGACAAUCAGAUCCUCAUCCUGCUGCUCAGGAUGUUGGCUUUGGGGCUGAGUGCCUGGGUGAUGAUCGAUUCGCAGGACUUCAAGGAACCGAAGCUGGACUGCCAGGUGGUGACCAAGUUCCUACCGGCGCUCAUGUCGCUGAUGGUGGACGACCAGUGCCGCAGUCUGCAUGCGAAACUGCCGCCGGAUGAGCGCGAGUCGGCGCUGACCACCAUCGAGCACUCGGGACCGGCGCCCGAUGCCGUGGAGGCGUACAUCCAGGAGAGCUCGGUGGCCAGCAUACUGGCCAUGUACUACACGCUGCACACGGCGCGCCUCAAGGAUCGCGUGGGCGUGCUGCGCGUGUUGGCUAUUUUGUCCGCCUGCAAGGACGAUCGGGCCUACGAGGAUCCCUUCCUGCACUCGCUGAUCGCUUUGCUCAUCCCCAUGAGCGAGGAGUUCGCCACCGAGGACUUCUGCACCACGCUCUUCGACGAGUUCAUCUUCGCCGGCCUCACGCGCGAGAACGUGACCUCGCGUCACAUGCUGAAGCUGCUGUGGUAUGUGCACAACAAGCUGCCCGCCGGCCGCCUGGCCACGCUGAUGAAGGCCAUGCAGCCGACGACGGCCCACAACGAGCAUAUCCACAAGCUGUACGAAACGCUGCAGGAGAGGAUUGGCACCGGUGCGGCGGAGACGCCGGUGAUCGAGGCGCCGCCCAUUGAGUUCGAUUCGCCGCUGAAGAGCGUGCCCACGCCGGGCCCACACUACAAUGUCCAAUAGCUAGAGGCGCCGGCGGUCGCGCCACCAGCGGCUGUCGUCGGAUGAUGAUGGUUAAUAAGGAGAACGAUAAGGAUGUUUACUUCUGGGCAGCCAGUGGGAUGCAUGCAUGCGCAAAUCAUAAUUCUACUGUUUAGACUAAGCAGCGAGAUAUAGUUUACAUAUUUACAAAUGUAUGGCUUUGUUGGCAGGCAUUAUCUAUAUAUUAUAUAUUACUGUUACGCUAGUGUAACGAUCGAUUCUAGUACACAAUAUAGAGUACAAAUCUA